UCGAAACCUCAACCUUGUAUUGUCCAUUCCCUCUUUCUUGUGCUGCAAAAAGUUUUGAAAAUCUCAAGCAAACCAUAUCCCCAUUUGCCACGUGUCCACAACAUCAAUUCCUUCUCUCUCUCUCUCUCUCUGCCACAGGCCCACAGUACCAUGCCCAUGGUGGUGUAAAAAAUGUAGAACUUCCAUAACCACAUUGAGAAGAAAAUCACACACAUAUGACAUUAUGGCUUCUCUAACUCCUGGUGUUCUUUCUAAGCUUCUCCAACAUGCAGGCAACAAGGACGUGAAAGUCACAGGAGAGCACCGCUCAGCUCUUCUCCAAGUCAUUGAGAUUGUGCCUUCUCUACCCAAUGACCACGACAAUGAUCCAUGGAAGAGUAAAGGGUUCUUCUUGAAAGUCUCAGAUUCACUUCACUCAGCCUAUGUUUCAAUCUCAGACAAUGACAUGGACUUGAUUUACAGCGACAAGAUUCAACUGGGUCAGUUUGUUUAUGCCUCACGGCUCGACCUGGGUUCUCCAGUUCCAGUUCUUCGUGGGUUGAAACCUGUUCCCAAAAGCAAGAGAAGCCCUUGUCCUUGUGUUGGCAAUCCCACUGAUUUGGUGCCCUCUGAUUUGUUGCCCAUUACACCAAAGCGUGAUUUUCACAAUGCCAAGGUGGUUAAGACCAAGGCCAAGCCUAAGAAUGUGGAAGUUGAGGGGCUACAGUUGAGGAGGUUGAGUUUGGAUUCUGCAAGGAGGGUUUGGGAUCAGAGUCCUAGAGCUACUUCUACUUCGACUUCUAGGACUAAUGCUGCUCAUACUACUACUACUACAUUGAGUUCAAAGUCCAAACAAGUUUGCAAUUCUUCGGAUAAUGCUUCUGUGAUUUCUGAUAAGAAAGCUUGUAAGAAUGAUAAACCAACGAAGCCUCCAAGUUUGAGCGUUUCACCAUUGCAAAACAAAAAUGACAUAUUUUCUCCAAAAUCAAAGAGCAAGACUUCAAAAAAGGAUUUGAAAUCAUCAUCUGGGGGCACUAUCCCAAUUCAUCUGCUUAAUGUGCCCCUCAAUUUCAAGACUUGGUCUGACCAGAGGAUUUUGUGGAAUGCACUCCCAUCUACUAUAAAUAAUCUUGGAAAGAAAGCUGUGUCUCAUAGAAAUGUCGCAUUUUUGGCUGCUGUACAUGAAUUAGAAGAAGCAUCUGCUGCGGAGGGUAUCAUCAAUUGCAUGCGUACGUUUGCAGAACUCUGUGAUACCUCUCAGAAAGUUCCUGUAGGAACACUGGUGGAGCAAUUUUUGGACCUUCAUCUAAGUAUGCAGAGAGCUGGAAAAGUUGUCAAUUCCUUACAGAGCAUAACACUUGCUGAAGCUAAGUCAAAUGGUUAUUGUAGCCUACAGCCUUCAUUGCCAGAUGCAUGUAAAAGUUUCACUGAUAAGAAUGCCACGUCUUGGGUUCAAGCUGCGGUAAGGACUAAUCUUUCCAAGUUCAAUCUUUUCAGAAUGCAAGAAAAGAGUAGUCUUCAAAAUGGUGAGAAAUGUCAUUAUGUCAUCAUAGAUAAGAAUCCAGAGGAAUUGAAUUCAGAAAGUAAUUCUCCUCAAGAUAAACAAAGUCAUAGAAAACAUGGAAGCUCUUUAUCAGAAUCAAAUGCAAAGCAGAUGCCAUCUCCUUCACAACGUCAUUCAACAAAGAAAACAAAUACUCUAAGGGAGGACUGUUCUAAGGGAAGUAGACUAAAAGAGACAGCAACUUUGGCUGAAAAAUUGCUCUUGGUUUCUCGUGAAUGGUUCUUGAAGUAUUUGGAGGAUUCGUUAAAUGUGGGAUUUGAGCAAAGCAGAGAGGAAGAAAGAUCUGAAAUUGCGUAUCUUCUCGGGCAACUUAAAAGGGUGAAUCAGUGGUUGGAUGACCUGGUUGGGGGUGGAGUUGAGGUUGAUGAGAGGAUAGAUGACUUGAGAAAGAAGUUAUAUGGGUUCCUAUUAGAGCAUGUUGAUUCCACCAUUGUUUCCACUAAUUAGAUACAUACCACAAGAACUAACAGUGAUUACACUAUCAACCACAAAUUUCUUGUCCAGGUAGGGGUUUACUGCCGAGAGUUUUACAGCACAAAGAAUAUGGUAUUUUUGCCCUGGAGUUGUAUCACAGGAUGUCCUAUGACUAUCACAGAAUUUUUGUAAUGACUGAAACAUGUGCUAUAUCAUUGAAAUGUAUAGUUGACCUCCAUGUAGGUCUCUGCUAAAUUUUUUAUCCGCCAUUUGGAUCACAGUUAUUACCUUA